AUGGAUGAAAACAAUCCUUCUCAGAAGAAAUGCUGGGGGCGUCCAAAGCCAAGUCAUUCAGACCAUCAUUUGGUAGAGGAGAGAGGCAGGAUGACAGCCAGUCCCAAUCCGUCCUCUCUCUCACCUUCGAGGAAUGGGUCUCAUGAAAGACGUUCAGGGUCAGUUUUCAAGCUCUUUGGCAAGGUGACCAAGUGCUUCGCUCGAAGCGCUCAACAACCCCCAAACCCUGAACCCACAGCUGCAAGUUCCAGCCUGCAGGGCACCCAGCCAGUUCAGUCAUCUAAGGACCUCACCCCUCCCACUCUCGAACCAGAUUGUGAGCAGUCUUCCAAUUCAGGGAUUGUAGAAGUCGAACAUCUCGACCCAAAAUUUGUGCGCAAAAGAAUUGCCAAUGCUAACAAAGGUCUCGCAGGCACCAGACAGGUCCCAAGAAUACUCCAAGAUGCUUCUUCUGUGACCAACAACCUACCAUUUGCUUCUGAUACAAUCAAUACGUUCUCCGUGUUGCUCAAACCCUUGAAGGCAUUCAACUCCAUUGCCAGCAUGAUUGCGAAUGUACAAACUAUCUAUGUCUCUUCUGUCCAUCCCUACGCGAAGGUGGCACUGAGUAUCUUCACUUGCGCAUCCAAUGUAGGCCUCUUUCUUGAUCAUCGCCGUGGCAGGUUGACAAAGUUAUGGUAA